UGUCCAUGUUGUUUGGGAAAAAAUUCUCCUGAACUUUCUGAAUUCUCAGCAAAACAUUUUUUCAAGUUUAGUUUCUUAAUAAAUAAUCAAGAUUUAUCAAAAAACAAAACAAUGGCUAAUGACGAGACACAGUUAUACCAGCAAUUUUUAGAAAGAUUACAACGACAGGAUCAUGUUCCGGCUGCUCUGACCGAAAUUAAAAAUUUGUUUGAAUUUAAACCUGCUAGUGAAGUUGUGCCUGCUAUUCGUAGUGCUGGAAUAACAAAAAUUGUCAAUUGCUUGAAUAUUUCUGAUAGAGCUCAAGUAGACUUGACCUGUGAAGUUUUAAAAAUUUGCUUUGACAAAUUUGAUGUUGGAGAUGUGAUCAAGAUUUACACUGGCCAUAUUAUGUAUCUACUGAGACAUGAAAAAUCAUGUGUCCGAAGACUUGCAAUUGAUGAAGUAUAUAAAUGUGUUACAUCUGACCCUGCAUUGUUACCAGUACCUCAAUACAUAGAUGUGUAUGUAGCUGUUGCACAAAUGGUAGCAGACACUGAUAUAACAGUGGCUAACAGAGCUAUACUGAUCACCUCAAAUUUACCAUUUGAAGCAUAUCCUAAAGCAUUGAGUGAAAUGAAAAUAGCUUUAGAUGACUCUGUUAGCAGCAAAUGUAAUGCAUAUGAGGUGGUUGUCAAUAUUUCUUGCAAAUCAGUUGAAUUAUUCAAAAUAUGUAUAGAUUUAGGUUACUAUGACUUUAUGUUAGCUGAACUAAACACAGAUGAUGUUUUGUAUCAAAUGAACAUAUUGGAGCUUCUGUCCACCUUGGCUGUCAAACCACAUGGUAUCAACUAUCUUGUGAAAAAUGGCGCCCUUCAGAAGAUAGCUGAGUUGAUUGCAGAUUUGCCCAACAAUCCGUUAGGUGGAUUAUUGACGCCUGGUUACAUGAAAUUCUUUGGUUGUAUUGCUCAUCACUAUCCAAAGGAAAUUUUUGAGAAGUAUCCAGUGUUAUUGGAUACUUUAUUUGAGUCCUUACAAUCCGGAGAUCAAUCUACUUUGCCUGUAGUUAUAGACACAUUAGGGUUUGUGGGAUGCACUAUUGAAGGAAAAUUAUGUCUGGCAGCACAAGGUAGUAAAUUCACACAAGCUGUUGAUAAGGUUGCACAAUUAAUUCGAAAUAGUACCAAUGACAUAAAAGAACGAGCUUUAUAUUGCUUUGCCAAUCUUAUAAGUGUGGACAAGGAUCCAAAGGCCCCAAGAGGCGGCCCCAUUGACCAUAGAGUCACUCUAAUGACGAGAGAAUGGUUCAGAGUUCUGAGCACGCGCCCUGCGUCUAUGGAGACAUUGUUUGGUAUUUGCAAGAAUCCCUUCCCUGAUAUAAGAUUAGCUGCUUUCACAUUGCUGAAUGCAGUUUGCCAACAUCAAUGGGGUGAAGAAUUAGUGGCGAGAGAAGCAGGAUUUGUAGAAUAUUUAUUAGACAGAACUAUUGAUCACACAAAAAAAUCCAAAGAGGCAAAAUUUGAUAUUAUUAAGAGGCUUUCGAAGUCUCCAGCAUUUGAUUCUAAUAUCCUUCAAAGACUUCAAACUUACGUGGAACAAGGUCCAUUUUAUUCAGACACAACAAUGCAAGUGGCAAUGGAAGAAGGAGAUUGAAACAGUAAAGGUUUAAAUAUAAAUACUAUUUUAUUGACCAAUAUUGUGAAAUGAGAAUGUUGGUUUAACAUUAAUUUCAAAUGUAUUUGUUAUUAUAUAAUGAAAAUUAUUUUAAAAAAUUA